UGCUGAGAACUGUCAUUCGACCGGCUCACGUUGUUUACAUUUGCAAAUCUGGAAAUGUUCAACUAGUUUCAUCGUGCACACGUUUUGCUUCCUAAUGUCCACCAUUCAGCUGCUUUAACGAAUUAGAACAUAAUGAAAGUACACCGUCCUCCGAAAAACGUUCGCCAAGGCAAGGUGAGCGGUGGUAAUGGGCGAAAAAGCAAGGCAAUUCCACAGGUAAAAACACGCAAAGAUUUGCGUAAAGAAAAGCGGCAGCAGAAAAAGCUCAAUCGGUUCAACUACCACAACCGUAGCCGGAAGGAACGGGAACAAAACGCUGCCGGUGGUAAUCGUUCCGGGUCGGGAAAAAAGGGCGGCAAACAUGGAAACGACCAUUCCGAGGAUGAGAUGGACGAUUUUGAAGAUGAAGAGAUUCCGUCCGACUUUAGCGACCAAGAGGAGGAGGGGGAGAAGAAUGUCGGAAAGCAGCCGCAAAGCAAGGCAGCAAAGAAUUCUUUCACCAGCCAGAUGGAUGUGGAGCGCGAGAAGGAAAUGAUGGAGUUGCGCCGGUACGAGGAUGGGUUGAAAUCGAACCGUAUCAAACAGCUCGAGGCGGCAAACGAGGAAGAUGAUCGAAUCAUUCAGAAGUACGAAAAACUGUUGAAGAUCAAUCGGCGCAAAAACAAGGAAGGUGUACCGAAAAGCUUCAACGAUGGGCUCGAUUACGCGCUGGAACUAUGUACGGAUGAUAGUAUAAAGAAAAUGUACGAGGCGGCGAAGGAAGCGGCCGAGCUGGAAGAAAACUCGUCCGAUGAAUUCGUCGAGGAUCUGAAGCAUGCAGUCGGAGGCGGUGUAGGUGCCCGUGCUGGUGGUGAUGACAGCCAGGAGGGUGGCGAACAGUCGACAAAAAGCACCAAGAAACGGAAGAAAAUGUCCCCGAAGGAAAAGAAGCGGGUUGAAAAAUUGAAGCAAAUUGAGGAGAAGUACUUUGGUCUCGACGAGAUGGACGAUUUGGGUGAUUAUGAUUUGGAGAUAGACGAUUUAGGCGAGUAUGAUUCGGAAAUGGAGCAGGAGCUGGAUGAAGAUGCGGAAGAGGAUUACUCGGAGAAUGAUGAACUGUACGAUUCGGACGAGAACAACGGUGAUCGGGACGGGCACACUAAAGCCAAGCGAGUGAAAUUUGCUUCUAAUGAAGGUUUGGCAAAGAAUGGGAAAAAGAAUGCCAAGGCCGCAGGAAGCGAUUCAGAAGGAGACACAUAUGAUGAUCUGGAUGAUGAUGAGUACGAUGAUGAAGAGAGUGCCGAUGAAUCGGAUGAAGACGAAGAACCAGUCAAAGCACACAAAACCUCCAAGGAAAAUAGCAAAACCAGCAAAAAGCGUCAAAACGAGCAAGAGGAUGAGGAAAGCGCAGGACGUUUCGUUUUGCUAAAGGCAAACAAGGAUAAACCAGCGAAAAAGGGGAACAAGUCCAGUAAAAAGGAUGACUCAGAAGACGAAAGCGAUUUCGAUGAAGAAGAGGACGAUUUCGACGAAGAAGACGAUGGUUUGGAUGAUCUGUUCGAGGAUGGAUCCGACUCAGGUGGGCCCUCCGAAGACGAUGUCGACGAUAAGCAACCACCACCGAAAGAUGACGAAACAUGGGAGGAUAUUUACGGUCGCAAGCGAGACAAAGCGGGCAACAUUAUAAAGGAGGAUGCAGCUACUGGCAGCGGUGGAAAAUACGUUCCACCUCACAUUCGCGCCAAGCUGGAGGCGGAACAGGCGGCCAAAGGAAAUGCGGCUGACCCGAAGCAGCAGGAAAAGUUGCAACGUUUGAAGCGUACGCUGAAGGGACAGAUCAAUCGUUUGGCCGAAUCGAACGUGCACCGCAUUUCGAUUACGCUUGAUAAUCUGUACAUGCAAAAUGCACGCUACGACAUGAACAGUACUCUCACCAGCCUCAUACUGGAAGCGACCGUCGUACCAACGCUCACACCCGAACGGAUGGUGCUGGAGCACGUGCUGCUGGUGGCGAUUUUGCACGCGAACGUGGGCAGUGAGGUCGGAUCACAUUUUCUCGAAACGAUUGUCGACCGUUUUCUGACGCUGCUGGGCCAGAUCGAAACGACCGCCAACGAGGCGAAGCAGCUGGACAACUGUGUGCAGAUUAUGUGCCAUCUGUACACGUUCGAUCUGGUGAAGUGUAAGAUGGUGCACGAGCUGAUGCAGAAGUUGAUCGAAUGCUUCAACGAGAAGGCGGUGGAAUGCAUUUUGCUCGUGCUGCGUACGGUCGGUUUCAUCCUGCGCAAGGAUGAUCCGUUGGCGUUGAAGGAGCUUAUUAUUGCGAUACAGAAAAAGGCCGCCAGCGCACCGGACGAGCUGAAAAACGACCCUCGAGUGAAGUUUAUGCUGGAAUCUCUCCUGGCAGUAAAAAAUAAUAACAUGAACAAAAUACCCCAGUACGAUCCCACCCUGGUAGAACACUUCCGAAAGCUGCUGAAAGGCAUGAUCACUAGCGGGAAGUACGUUUCAACGCUAAACAUUGGCAUACAAGACAUUAUCAACAUACCGGAGCGUGGCAAAUGGUGGCUGGUAGGUUCGGCUUGGCUUGGCGGAACGAAAGACAGUCCUUCCGCUGCUGGCCCAUCGAACGGGACCGCAUCCUCCCAAGGCGAAGGGCAGUACAGUGCGCAGCUGCUAGAACUUGCCCGUCAGCAGCGCAUGAAUACGGACGAUCGCAGGAACGUGUUCUGCGUCAUAAUGGGUGCCGAAGACUAUCUGGCUGCGUUCGAAAAUUUGCUCCGACUAGCGAUCAAGGAUCUUCGCGUAGUCGUAUCGGUCAUCAUUCACUGUAGCCUGGCGGAGAAAGAGUACAAUCCGUACUACAGCAUACUGUCGCAGAAGUUUUGCGACUACGAUCGACGGUAUCAGCUCGCCAUCCAGUACGCACUGUGGGAUCGGUUGAAGGAGAUCCACUCGCUGCAGCAGCAGCAGGUGCGCAAUCUGGCCCGCUUCAUUACGCAUCUGAUUGCGGAAGGUGGGCUGGCACUGUCCUGUCUGAAGGUGAUCGAGCUGGCCGAGAUCGAUAAGGUGAAUUUGCGGCUAAUGCGACAGAUUAUGCUUGGGCUGUUGCUGCUGGAAGAGGAGAACAAGUGUUUGCAGGUGUUUAGCCGGAUUUCGGCCAGCAACAGGCUAAAAUCGUUCAAGGACGGUAUACGGCUGUUUAUGCAUCACUUUUUGGCGCGGGGCAUCGGUGCGGGCAGCAAGCUGCCCGACGACGAGCAGGCCAAGCUGCUGCAGGACCGCAUCAAGCAGGCCGAUGAGUUGCUGUCAACGGAUACUAGGAUCGAGUAUGACGUUUAGAGAAGAUGGUACAGCGUUGCUGCUAAUAUAAAUAAUUAAAAAAUCAGUGAUAAUGAUUGAAUAAACAAACAAAGAAUCCCGGAACUGAUGU